GCUGAAUGGAUGAUGUGAGCGUUGAGGAGGUGUGGGGAGCAGCAGAGAGGAGCGCGGACGCACAGACGAGCUGACGGCGCAUUCGGUAGACAUUGGCCAACUUACAGAAAUGAGGCUUUAGCCUUAUUGUGCCACUCUUCUCAGAUUUAUUGUGCGGAUUUGAACACAGGAAUUAGGAUUUAAAGACAAAACAAAAUACUUUUUAUUUCAUCCUUUACAAAAAAAAAGAAAGAAAGAAAGAAAAAAAAGAAGAGAAAAAAGAUGGGUUUGGAACGAUUUGGCGCACGCACGCUGGGGAUGAUCCCGCUGCUUGCGCGCUGCCUCUUUUGUAUUGUCGGGUUAUUUCUCACGUUUUCGCUGCCUGUCUGCGACGCGUUCAACUUGGACGUGGAGAACUCAGCUGUUUACAGCGGACCUACAGGGAGCUACUUCGGAUAUGCAGUUGACUUUUAUUUGGCUGAUACGGCAAGUGCGAGCGUGGUGAUCGGAGCUCCCAAAGCCAACACCAGCCAGCUGAACGUUACAGAGGGAGGUUCUGUCUUCUACUGUCCGUGGAGUCUCGGCCAAUCAGGCUGUCACGUCAUUGAAUUUGAUACUGCAGGAGAUCGUGUCGUUCAGGUUAACAACACAGAGCAUCAAGGUGAUUUUAAGUCCCAUCAAUGGUUUGGCGCCACUGUUCGUUCCCACCGUGACACAAUCCUGGCCUGUGCUCCUCUGUACUCAUGGCGGACUGAGAAGGACAUCCCCCACGCGGAUGCUACAGGAACCUGCUACCUCUCAGUGCAUAACUUCACCAAAUUUGUGGAGUACGCACCCUGUCGCACAGAGAUCAGUGGUCAUUCAGGACAAGGGUAUUGUCAGGGAGGAUUCAGUGCUGACUUCACCACGGAUGGCAAAGUGGUCUUGGGAGGGCCUGGGAGUUACUACUGGCAAGGUCAGGUGAUCACUGCAGCAAAGGAGGACAUUAUCAAAAUGUACUACCCAGGUUUUUUCACGCAGUCUGUGAGAGGAGAGAUCCAGACUAAACAGGUCCAGUCCAAGUAUGAUGAUAUUUAUCAAGGCUACUCCAUCGCUGUAGGAGAGUUCAGUGGCGAUCAGGAGGAAGAUUUUGUGGCUGGUGUUCCAAGAGGACUGAUGCUUUAUGGUUUGGUUUCCAUUCUGAACGGCACUGAUCUGAAGUCUGUGGUUAACUUCACCGGUGAGCAGAUGGGAUCGUAUUUUGGAUAUGCAGUGGCGACGACUGACAUCAACAGUGACGGGAUGGAUGACUUGCUGGUGGGAGCGCCCCUGUUUAUGGUGCAGGGGUCUCACAGCCGUCUGGAAGAGAAGGGACGGGUCUAUGUUUACCUCCAGCGAGGUCCACUGAAGCUGGACCCCCACCUACCUCACUUGACAGGCACUCAGGAGUUUGGAAGAUUUGGUAGCACCAUUGCGCCUCUGGGAGAUCUGAACCAGGAUGGUUUUAACGAUGUGGCUGUCAGCUGUCCGUUUGGAGGGGAGGAUCGGCGCGGACUCGUUUACAUCUAUAAUGGCUACUCAGAAGGACUCAGGGACAAGCCGUCUCAGUUGAUCACUGGCCAGUGGGUUGCUGAAUCUUUUCCUGCCAUCUUUGGAUUUGCCCUGAGAGGUGCUAAGGACCUGGACAUGAAUGGAUACCCAGAUCUUAUCGUCGGUGCAUUUGGUGUUAAUAAAGCAGUUCUCUACCGAUCUCGUCCAAUAGUUUAUGCCAGUGCCACUCUGACGGUUUCCCCCACCAUGAUCAACCCUGAAGAGAAGAACUGCCUGAUCAGUAACGGAAACAACAGCAUUCCUGCUUCCUGUGUCAACCUGAGUUUCUGCCUAUCUGCUGACGGGAAGCACCUACCAGACAAAAUCGAUUUCCAGGUGGAAGUGCAGCUCGACAGCCAGAAGCACAAGCAGAAAGGUGCCGUGAAGAGGGCCCUCUUCCUGGAUUCCCAGCAGCCCUUGCUCCAGAGAAGUGUAAAGGUGCGCCAUGGUAUGCGCAUCUGUAAUCACACCAAGAUCUACUUAAGAGAUGAGAAGGACUUCAGAGAUAAACUCUCCUCCAUUUAUGUGGCCUUGAACUUCAGCUUGGAUCCCAAUGCUGUGGUUGACUCCCACGGCCUGCGGCCCAUCCUCAACUAUCAGACCACCAACGUAAUUGAACAGAAGGCUCAGAUUUUGUUGGAUUGUGGAGACGACAACAUCUGUGUUCCUGAUUUGAAGCUGGCGGUUCAUGGGGACAGGAAGGAAGUCUACAUGGGCGAUGACAACUCACUGACCUUGACUUUCAAUGCCCGGAAUGAAGGUGAGGGAGGGGCGUACGAGGCAGAGCUGUAUGUGGUGCUGCCUCCGGAAGCCGACUACAGCGGCAUUGCUCGCAACAAUGAGAGUCUGACCCAGCUGACCUGCAGCUAUGAGUCGGAGAACCAGACUCGAUACCUCAGCUGUGAUUUGGGAAACCCAAUGAAGUCUGGAGCCAAUUUGUGGGGGGGUCUCCGUUUCACAGUGCCACGGCUGAAGGACACACACAAGACUGUUCAGUUUGAAAUGCAGAUUCGAUGUAAAAAUGAAAAUAAUUCUCAUAGUGAGGUUGUACCCUACAAGCUGGAGACGGUUGUUCAGGCUGCUGUAAUUUUACAAGGUGUUUCUCGACCAGAUAAAGUCUUCUUCCCACCGGCCAACUGGAAGGUGACCAAAAGCUUGGAGGUGGAGCAGGACGUCGGGCCUGCAGUGGAACACAUCUAUGAGCUGGUGAACAAUGGACCCAGUCGGAUCAGCCACACCCUACUCGAGCUGCGCUGCCCCCUCAGUGUGCCGAAUCACGCUCUGCUUUACCCUUUGGAGUUCUCCACUGAAGGUCCCAUCAACUGCACCACCAACCACACCAUGAACCACCUACACCUCAAACUCCAGCACACGUCCACUGAUCCACCUCUUCUGGCGCUGAAAGGCCAUGAGCACCACGUUGAGAGGAGGGAUGUCCACAGACAACACCUUGCUCAUUUGACAAAUCUGUCCUGCUCUAAUGUGGAGUGCUGGACGCUUCAGUGCAACGUGGGUCUUUUGGACCGGGGGACGACUGCUAUCCUGAAAGUCCGCUCUCGCAUUUGGGCCGAGACCUUCAUUGAGAGAGUCUACAAGUAUUAUGUCCUGGAGUGUCUGGCCAGGUACAGUGUGAUGAAGAUGCCUUAUUCCAUCCUCCCUAAACAUGCACCCAGUGGCCACAAAAAGGUUGUGAGCUCAGUGGUGUGGAACAAGCCAGACAUAGAAAACUCAGUUCCUCUGUGGAUCAUCAUUUUGGCCAUUUUAGCUGGUUUAUUGCUUCUGGCUCUGCUCAUCUAUGUCCUCUAUAAGAUUGGUUUCUUCAAGCGAUCUGUACCUUACGGCACUGCAAUGGAGAAGGCACAGCUCAAACCACAGGCUGCAUCCGAGGCCUGAAGGACAGCCGGAGCUACCAGAACCACAGUACCUGACCAUAUGAUUGCAAUGGAGAACCACAACGGAACAGUUCGGAGGAGAGACCACUGGAACUCUACUGUGCUGCACUCGAGGACAACAAAAAUCCAAAGAUCUCCAAGCCAAAUGAAUGUUUUUAUCUUUUUUAAUUUAUGCUUUAUUGCUUCUAAAAGUCACAUUUUGUUUUGGGUUUUUUUUUUUGUUUUUUUGCUUAGAAAGAACAAUCGGAAAUCAGAAACUGUGGAUGUGGAUGCAGGAGGAUUGUUGUGGUGAACAGUUCAGUCGUACCCGUUAAACUGUCAUAUUUUGGUGCUAAUGAUCUGAUGCGUUCACGGCCUUGGAUAGAAUACGGACACUGGUUCCUGCUGCCUUUUGUUGAUCUGAAUAGUUUUUGUUGAAACGAUCAGUUUGCAUUACGAGCAGCUUUUCCCGCACAACUCUCUCACCUAUAUCAGUUCAGUAGCUCUGUUUUUCUAAUCCAACUUUUCAAAUGCAUUUUUCAGAAUUUAAGACCAGCUGUUCUGAACUUGACCUAUCUGAGAGUUUCCCUUCCUUUUUGCCCAAUGCAUGCUGGGAUAUGCUCCAGCACCCCUGCAAACCUGAACAGAAUAAGUGGGUACAAAAAAAAAAUAUGGAAGUUCUGGUGGAUGGAAGUUCUAAGCUGUUCAGGAAAUCUCUCUGCCUCAGGUUGAUGGACAGCAGGUGGAGUUGUUGUUUGCACUCAAAGGAAAUCUACUGAUACAACACCAAAGACUAACUGAGCUUCCUUUGAGACUUUGACUUCUACUGAUCACUUUGUUCAAAUCCUCUUCGCUCAGUCACCAGUGCUGGCACGGCCAUCGUUGCGUAGUCCACAGGGACGGGAUUGGAACCACGUCAGACCUGUGAAACCUCGACGUAGGCCUGAAGUACCGUGGCGUUCUCGCUGUAUGCGUCGGUCAUUUCGGAUUACACUCCUACAGCAAACGACAAUGAGGCUAAACCACAGAUUUAAUGGUUGGAUGAUGUUGAACCAAAGACGUGACAAUCAGCAAUGUUGUAGCUUUGACGAAGUGCCUCAUCUGACAUCAGGCAGGAUCACUGAUCGUGAGUCUGGAGGAUCCUUUUUCAGCUUGCAGUGCGCCUUACUGUGAGAUACUGUAUUUUUGAUUGUCUUUUGGGCAAAAGCUGCUCGUGUUUAGACAGAGAACGAAAUGACGGCUGAAUUUAUCCCACUUACCCACAGCUACAGGGACGGAGUAGAAAAAUCGUUUGUGUUGAUUUUAUUUGUACAGAAAAUUUAUGUGCCUUAAAUGUAAAUACGUAACGUUUGCGGGUUAGAAGGAAGAGGUUCAUGUCAUUCAUUUGUGUGAAUGGUAUAUUUAUGAAUGUUUGUUAGUGUGUGACAUUUGGUGAUUUCUUUCCCAUUGCUUAGUUCUACCGAUCUCAAUCACCUGUCACAUCACUGAGGUCAAGCCACUAAGCAUUAAAGGGAUCAUAUUGUGCAGAAAUGGUUUACAUCUGUAGUUUAAAGCUGCACAUCCUCAAUGUAUCACAAUGUUGCCAUGGCAGUGCAUGAACAAAUUCUACUGCUAUAAGUACAUUUUAGGUCUGAAACAGUUCUUUUUGGUCUGAUAUAUGUCAUAGAAGCCCAUAUUUGGAUUUCAGUUUGCCCUGUGAUGCACACAAACUGAGCUGGUGUGUUCUCUAUAUGACAUGUGAAGACUGGUGUUUAUUUCUGGACUGCUGCCUCUUGCUGACACAGACAAGAGAAUUAUGGGUCAUUAAACAAUGCAAAGUAGAGUAAGUAGCUCAGUGGGAUAAGGAGUUUGUAAUUACACUACCUGUCUGUGUCCUUGGACAAGACCCGUCAUCUGUAUUGCUCUUAUCCCCUCAAUUGUAAAAGGGUACAGCCAUUGGUUGGAGAAGUAACCUGUGAUGUACUGGCAUCCCAUCCAGGGGGACGCAUAGACUUUCAAUCACUUUUUGCUAAGAAAUAUGUAGAUAAGCAUUGGCACCAAUGGACCUCAUCUCCUAUAUAUAAGACUUUAUAAAAUUCUAGACUUUUGAUGAAGUGUACCCGUGAUUAUACAGACCGGGUCAGGAUGGGGUUCACCUUGGCCAUGGUGAACCCCACCCCAAAGGUCCGUUGACUGGAGACGCCUGUUAAGUCCGUGGCGAAGAGUCAUUGGGCUUGUUUUCUUAUAAAGUUCACCAUUCGCCUGUCUAGCUUCCACAUAAAAUCGAUCGAGUUCUCUGUCAAGCAUCUGUCUGUCAUAAGUUUCAAAGUUGGGCACAUGUCCCUUUUCAGUGACAUACUUGCGAAACAGGUUGGCUGCUGACUGUGUAUUUCUGCGGGUGUUUUUUGCAUCUUUUUUGUGUAAAAUUUGUUUACAUCAGCAUCGCUAACAGACACAAACCUGUCUUCUGCCAUCUUGUCAACAAACUGACAGCCAAAGUAGGCAUUGUAUCGCAUUAUCUGAUUGGUCGUUAUCGAUAGAAGGCGAUUAGCUAGCACUACGUUGCAUGCAAGGUGUACUCGUUUCGCACGCGCGGUCUACUCGAAUCCCCCAGCAGUCAACUCGGCAUGUGGUACAGCUCAGAAAGUGGCGAAUGGACCAAUCAGAAGUUGGCAAAAUCACAUACCAUAUAAUAAACUACGAGUAUAUUUUAACUUACCGUAUAAGUUGCACCUGUCAAAGAAAACCUUUUGAAGAUGGGAAAAACCCAUAUACAUAUAUAUGAGUAUAAGCCGCAGGACCUCCCAAUCUAGUUAAAAAUAAAGAAAAACGCAACUUAGACUACAGAAAAUACUGUACUAAAGUGAACACUACAUAGGUUUUCUCUGCAGUUUCUUCUCUGCUACACAUCAAAAGAAGCUAAUUGAAUUUACCACUGUGGUCAGCUGAUGGGCUUGAAUGACAAAACAAAUAAAUAAAUAAAUAAAAACAGUGGAACAGAUAGAGAAGUUCAGUGUUUCACCAAACAUGAGACAGACUAGGUUUCUCACCCUGAAAACUUUGUUCCCCCCCUGCUUUGCAAUUGUUUCAUGAGAAAGGACAUGCUACUGUAGCGGCUUGCUCUGCAUUGUGUUGUGUAUUUUUACUCCUCCCACUCAUUCCCCUUGGGACACAAACUCAGUCUAAUCAGGGUAACCAGUCAGAUAAACACCUGAGUGGCCAUUUUGCUGUUUGGGUAGUGAGGCCCAUUGACACCAUAUGCACAGGGACUCCUGCUGGCCUCCGUCAUCCUACACUAUACUCAACUGUACCUCCCGGGUGGAAACUGUUUCCACUCUGCAUUUUGUUUUACUGCAUUUCAUGGGACCCGGAUAUCUCCAGUGGCGAUGUUGGACUGAAAAGGCUGUGAUCUUUGAAGAAUCAAUGGAUGCCCUGAUUACAGAAUUUAAGAAACUGAGUGAGGAGUAAGAGUGUCAGGGUUUACAAUCAUCGUGGAUUAGGACUAGGACAAUGGGUUUUUAACAACUUCCUGGACUGAGCCAUCAGAAGUGCAUCUAUACACAGUGAAAGUGUCACAUUUGUAGAGAUUAAUUUACGUUGGCAGUACUGUCUCUAGGUCCUUGGCCCUGAAAAUCAAAAAAGACAUCUGGGAAGAGUGUGUGGAGUCCUGAAGUCCCUGAACAGAGGCGUUUACAGGAAAGGUCGAAGCCUUGAAGGUCCUGGUGCUUCCCGUCUUACUGUAUUUUUGGGAGACUUGGGUGUUAACCACUGAUCUACGGCAACAGAUAUGUUUUGGAUGCUCAGUCUCUUCAGUAGAUUCUUGGGUACUGCUGGAAUGACUUUGCGUCAAACGAAUGGUUACAUGAGGACACUCGAAGAUGUGUCCUACAUACUUUGUAAGGAAGCAUCACCGACAACAUUUUGGCCAUGUAGUAUGCUUCUCGUCACACAAUGCAGCAUGCAGGUACCUCAGUUGAGUAUGCCAGCAAGUGGGAAAGGCCAAGGGCUCACCUGCCCAUGUCCAUAGUCCAAUAGUCCAAGAGGUGCAGAUGGACUAUUGCUUGCCUGGGUCAUCCAGAACCCGGGUUGGUUCUGUACUAUGGUGGAUAUGACAAUUACCACACUCACAUGCUCCCCCAAUCCUCCCGUCUGAGUGUUGAGUGGGUGGGGCCAGCAUUUUUCAUUUAACGCAACAAGCACUGAAAUGGGUUGUUUCUUAGAGACUGGAAAAUGCUUUUACGAUUAUUAUUAUUAUUAUUAUUUUUUAAAUACUGCUCAGUUUAUAGGGGAUGAUUUUGAGACUUGUUUGAUGAAGACACCCGGUGACCUCGAUUACCUUAUUGAAAAUGUGUACAACAUGACCCCUUUAAUACUUGCUUUUGGCAGCAAUUACAACAGUGAGAACAACCUCAGUGAGAAGAUGACAGGAAAGUGUUCAGAUAUUUUAAUGUACAGAAUGUCGAGUCUCAUACCUCUAAAUGAAGACAAAGCAACUAGGCACUGGGAACCACAUGAUGCUUGGAAGUGCAAUAUUUAUAUUCACUUUGUUUUUUUUUUUUAUAUAUUACAGUGCUUUAUCGAGUGUUUUUUGUGACCGAGUCGUGAUAAAACCGAACUUUGUAACGUGGUGAUGUAUGUUUUAAACAUGUGCCAUGUGUGCAUUGUAGGUUCUGGCUGUUCACUUGCUCACAACGCUUUGACACAUUUUCAAGGUUUUCCCACUACACUUUUUUUUUUUUUUUUUUUUUUGCUGCACCUUUUACCUAAUCAUACUGAUUUGUAACACCACAGAUAAACUGGCCACCCGAUCAUAUCUGAGUUCCAGCUUGGAUGCGUGACCAGAGUGUGAUCGUUCAUGUGCUGUGCAGACACACCUGUGUAGUUUUCUCUCUUUUACGUGUCACCUCUUAUUGGAUAAUAAUUUACAAUCCAGCCAUUUCUCAUCAGAUCUCAUUGUGCAAAACCCAUAUUUGAUAGAUGAUAUAAAUCAUUUCUCACAUGAUACAUGAAAAGAAAAUGAACAUCUAAUCCCAUUAUUUAUGCUGACAUUGGAGUCUUUUUACUAUUUCCUCCAUGGUCACACCAGAAGGCACUGGGUGUUUAUCAAGUGUUUUUUUUUUUUUAAUAAAAGGUAUUUGCCCAUGAUCACGCUCCACAACUUUUUUUUUUUUAAAAAAAGGUGUAUAUAUUUAUAGUAAGGAGAGUAAUUUUGAAUUCAAAUGAUAAACUGAUGAUUUUUGUGAAUUUUUCUCCUCCCCAUAUUGGGGAGAAUAUUUUUGUUUUGUUGGGGGGGCAGGGGCACAGAGGCUUUGUUAAGGUCAAUUUUUACCUGUUACAGUUUAUUCUUUGAAUUAAAAAUAAAAAAUAAAACUUGGUUUUUACAAA